UCCUGGCAGGGAGGAGGCUCGGUGUGUGUGUGUGAUCGAGUGUGCCUUUGUGUGUAUUCAUGUGUGGCUGUAUGUGUGUUUGUAUGCGACUGUGAGUGUGUGUGUUCGAGUGUGCCUUUGUGUGUGUGUUUCAGUGUGCCUUUGUGUGUGUGUGUGUGAUCAGGCUAAGUUGCCGUGAUCGGGAGAGAGCUCCAGCUCCAGCUUACCUUUGCACCACAGCCACCCGGCAGAGCCAGAAAGACACCCGGCAGAGCCAGAAAGACACUCGACGACAGCGACAGCCAGAGCCAGAGAGAGACUACUGUAGGCCAGGCAACAGGCGUGGGUCCAGGUCCAUGUUAUUUGUGUAACAGCCACCUGUCAGAGCCAGAAUUGGAGAGAGACUACCGUGGGCCAGCCAUCAGCCAGGUGUGGAUGUAUGAUGGUGCUACACCGGGUGAUCCAGGCAGCCCGGGCAGGCGAUCUCUCAGCCCUGAGGAAGCUGUCCUCCUCUGGGUGCCUCACGGUCUCAGCCUCCAUCACAGACGCCCAGGGGGCAGGCCCGGUGCACCACGCCGCUCGCUGCGGCCGCCUGGAAUGUCUGCGCUACCUGGUGGUGGAGGUGGGGCUGGCGGCCGACGCCCGGGCCCUGAACAGAGCCACGCCCGCCCACGACGCUGCCGCUACAGGCCACGCCCGGGAACUGCAGUGGCUAGUAGACCAAGGGGGCUGCAAUAUAGAGGACCAGGAUGCAGCUGGGGCCACAGCGCUCCAUCUCGCAGCUCGGUUCGGACGGGUGGAGGUCGUCCAUUGGCUGCUGUUGGUUGGUAGCGUUGCCGAGGAGACGACAGACUGCGGGGCAGUCCCCGCCCAUUACGCUGCUGCCAAGGGAGACCUCACCUGUCUGAAACUACUGGUUCACCAAGCACCUGGGUGUGUGAACCGUCAGACUGGUAUCGGUGCCACCCCUCUGUACCUGGCAUGUCAGGAGGGUCACCUGCAUGUAGUGGAGUACCUGGUGAAGGACUGUGGCUCAGACGUGCACCUCAGGGCCCACGAUGGCAUGACCGGCCUGCACGCUGCUGCACACAUGGGGCACCAUGCCCUGGUCAUCUGGCUGGCCACCUUCACAGACCUUAGCCUGCAGUGCCAGGACAGAGAGGGAGCGACUGCUCUUCACUUUGCGGCCAGUGGAGGGCACCAUCGCAUCCUGGAGAGGCUGCUCCGCAUGGGGGCAAAGGUCAUCAGAGACGACUGGGGGGGAACCCCUCUUCACGACGCUGCUGAGAAUGGAGAGCUGGAGUGCUGCAGGAUCCUGUUAGCCAACCAGGUGAGCCCAUCGGAGCAGGACAUAGAUGGGUUCACAGCAGCAGACCUUGCGGAGUACAAUGGACACUACGACUGUGCCGGUUACCUCCGAGCCGUGGAGACAUGCCAACCAGAGACAGAGGAGUACCCUCAGGCUCAAAACCCUGCUCCUCUGCCUGAACCUUCUCUACCCACCUCAUCCUCCUCUCAACCACAACCAUCUGCCAUCUCCAGUGUACAACAUGUUAUAGUGGCAUCAACAGUUGUGAAAACUUUAACUCAGCGCAGCAAGGAGGUGAAAACUGUCAAUCUGACCAAUGUUUCAGACAAAAACCUCCUGGCUGGUAAAAUCAACGGUGACCAAGGGCUCCUGACAGAAAUGAAGUCAACGAUUCGUUUGAAACAAUCAGAGCUAGUAUCCACACAAGCAAAUAAGAUGGUAGCGGAAGAGAGGACUGUUGAUCUCACCAAGGUUCAGCUGGGUGGAAAAAAGCUCCUUUGUGAAAUGAAAUCCUCACCAGCUGCAGUAAGUAAGAUGGUGUCGUUUUCCACAGAAGAGGUCAAACCUUCUGAACAGUCUACUGUUGAUCCGACCCAAAACGUCCUUGGGCUCGGUGGUAAAAAACUGCUCUGUGAAAUGAAGUCUCCAGAAGCUUCAACAAAUGCUAGUAAAAUGGUGGUGAGACAUACAUUUUCCGCAGACGGAAUCAGUCAGAACAAACCUCCUGAAGAAGUGAUUACUGUUGAUCUGACCAAAAACGUUACACUUGGUGGCAAAAAGCUCCUGACUGAAAUGAAGUCUUCAGCUGACGCAGUGGACACAGGUAAGAUACUGGUAAAGGCUGAGGUAAUAACUGUCGAUCUGGCGAAGGCUUCUGACAAAAAACUCCUGGUUGGCAAAAACCUGCUCGGUGACAACAAAUUCCUCGACAACAUGAAAUCCAUCACAUCUCUGAAACAGACAGAAAUAACCACAGUAGCUGUAGCACAAGCAAACAGGAUGGUAGUUCUGCCCACGGAAGAGGCCAACCUGUCAGACAUUGACUACCUGGUUCCCACCCAUGACGAGCGGGGUCGGCCAAUCGCUGAGUGGAAGAGACAGGUCAUGGUGCGUCAGCUACAGACCAGGCUAUUGGACGAGGAGGACCAGAGGAGGAAGGAGAAUGGGAACAGCACUUCCAAAGCGGUGAACUGGAGGUACUCCCAGGCCCACAACGCUAUCCUGGGCCCGUUUGGAGAGUUGCUGACCGAGGACGACCUGAUCUACCUGGAGAAGCAGAUCCAGAGCGUGUCCAACCAGAAAAACUGUGAAGGCUAUGAGACAGAGCUAGCUCGUCUGGCUGAGGAGCUCAGGACCAUCCUGCCAGCUCCCAUCGUCAACAUCACAGCCAGCACUCAGUUCAGAAACCCCAACCAGGAGUCUCAGGUCCCUCUGCCCGUGUGGUGUAACCGCAUCUCAGGCAUCGUAAAGAGCAUGUCCCUGCUGAUGGCCAACCUGGCAGACGGGCCGUACUCGAAGAUGCCCAACACAGAGCUAUCCACUGUGUUCUCCCAGACCCCAGACAGACCCACCUCUACUCGAGGGCGCAGGGAGAAGAUAGAGUCCGAGAUCCAACAGUUUGGGGUUUCUGUCCGGAAUCUGAAGUCCAACUUUGAAGGUCAUGAACAAGAAACAGAAGAAGAGGUCCACACGAUGUUAGCCAUACAGGAGGAAGGCAUGGGGUUAGAGGUCAGAGGAACACAGGAACAGCCCAAAGAGAUGAACCCAGCCCCUGAAGCUGUUCAGAACAGUGACUCAGGCAUAGCCUGUGAUGACAACAUGACCGACGUUAGGGAAACCACCAGUUUACGGAAGGAACGUAUUGUGGUGCUGUUCCUGGGCCACUGGAAGAAGUCAGCCUACACGGUGGCUCUGAAGACCAGAGAGGCUGAGAGCAGAGCCAGUGUGGUGGAGGUUGGUGGUAAACCUGGGGGGACAGAUGGGAGGGGACCACAGAGGGGAUCUCAGAUGCCUCUGGGACAUUUCUUCAAACAGAGGAGUGUCAUCAACAAGAUGAUUGGUGAUUGGAGGAGCAUGAUCUCCAGCGUUCCAUCUCGACAGAUCCGCCGUCUCCACCGGCAACAGGCACCAUACUCCCCUGAACAGUUCCUCCCCAAGGUGGACGGGGCGAUGGUGGACUAUGACAGCCUGACCCUUGACCUCUUUAUGCUGGGGUACUUCCACAUCCUGGAACUCGAACUCCCCGCGGACGAGAGGAAGAUGAGACACCUGCUGUGCUUUGAGGUGUUUGACCACGUUGGUCGUUUCACCUGGGAGAGCAUCCGGGAGUUCCACAAGGCCGUCAUGAUGGACAUCGAGGCUGGGAACCGUGAGUGGAAGGACGGCUUCGAGGACAUUAAGGUCAAGUUCUUUGGGAACGUGUCAACGACUCAGUCUGAAGUGCCAGAGGUAGAGAAACAACAGUUCCUACCAGAGGUCAGGCCUGUGCCCAAAGUCAUCCUCCAAACCCCGACACCAGAUGAAGGGGCUCUGAUUAAACAAGGAACAGACAUUUCCAGUUUCAGCAAUGAUGAGAUUUGCAAAUACAUAGACAGGAGUUUCACUUUCUGGAAAGACAAGGAGGCAGAGAUUUUUGAUUUUGAGUAGUAAUUGUUUUCACUGUACCUUUUUUUUUAAAUCUUUUUUUAAAUAAUUGGUAGUCUUCUGAAAUCAAGUUCUAGUUAUGUAGUCUGCUGAUAUCAAGUUAUAGUAAGGGAUUGGUGUACUGUAAGUGCAUUUUAUUCUGAGUGUGAAUACCUUUGUGUUCUUUGUGAAUAGUUGUAACAGCUCUUAUUAUUUAAAGAGAAAGCAAUAAGUAGGCCUACAGUAAACUUUCCAAUCUUAGAAACAGGUAGUCAGAUGUAUAGUACAAAGCUAUAACAUUAUUACAAUAA